UGAUGUACGUGGAUAACAGCAGAAUCCAUCCAGCAGAGCCAGAGUGGAGGCUCCGCGGGUUGGGGCUUCUCCGGUUGGAGAAGUGCCUUGCAGCCAAGUUGCAAGGCUGCAAUCAGGCUAGGCUGGGGGAUUAGAUUUCAGUCUGUAGAUAAUGGGGAAUGAAUGGAAGGUGUUCAGCUAGAGAGAGGUGUGGCGCGGAGGUUCCUUCAGCUCCAAGCAGUAUUUGGCAGAGAAAGAAACUAGAAAUUACAGCACCAUUUCUGACCAGAAAUUAAACCACAAAUGGUUUCAUAAGCAAUCUCUUCCCAUCUCAAGUUGCAGAAACUUAGGCUGCCGCAAAGCCUUGAACCUUCUCCGCCCUCAUUCCCAGCUGCCUCAGUUCCUCCCGUGGCCCCUGGCUUCAUAAGGACCUCAGCCUCUGCUGUCACCUUCAGAAGCAGAGGUUCCUACAGAGAGACCCUGACCAACCUCUGCCCAGGAAGGAGCUGAGAAUAAGAUGAUGGCCAGUCUGUCCUGUGUGGUAGUGGCCCUACUGCUGCUGGCAGAGGUCUCCAGGCUUGGAGAAGGGGCUUCUAAUCCCGGGUUUGUGGCCAGGAUCACCGGAGAAGGCUUGGAAUAUGUCCACCGAUAUGGAAUGGCCACCCUGAAGGAGGAGCUGUCCACCAUCAGCUUGCCUGAUCUGUCGGGAAGCUUCCGCGCUGGUUGGAUGGGAAGUGUGAGCUAUGAGUUCUGGAGCCUGAGAAUCCAAGACUUCCAACUCAGUGACUCCAGUCUGAGUCUAGACCCAGGGCAAGGCAUCGAGGUCUCUCUGUUCACUGACUACGUGUCUGUCCACGGGAACUGGAAGGUGAAAAAGGAUUUCAUCACCUUACAUGGUACUUUUGAUGUGAGUGUGGAUGACAUUUCCAUCUCAAUUUCUCUGGAGUUGGGCAAAGACCAGUCCGGACGACCCACUGCCUCUGUGUCUUACUGCAGCAACUCCAUUGGCCACGUCAGCAUUGACCUUUCCGGGAGCCUAAGCUGGCUCCUGAACCUCUUCCAUGAAAUAAUUGGAAAUAGCUUGAAAAAUAUCGUGAAGGAAAAGAUCUGCGAAAUGGUCAUGCAGUUAGCAGCCUCACACCUGAAGCCCCAUCUCCGGACUCUGCCAGUCAUCUUGGAGAUUGACCAGGUUGCUUUCAUUGACUACCGCUUAGUGGGAGCUCCGCAGGUGACCUCCCAAGGCCUGGACGUACCCUUCAAGGUAAGGGGCUGUGGAAAAAGGGCCUUGGAACUGAGACCAGGCAGGAAACCAGCUCCCCCUCCCACCUGCCUCAGCACCUGCCCUCCCUCUCCACUUCACCUGCCUCUCCAUCCACAUCCGGGACCGGGGCCCACGGUGGGCAGAGCAGUACUCAGCACUGCAGGGCAAAACCUAAAACAAGGUCUCUGAACUAACAUGGUAACUCUGUCUGGACUCCAGAAGACCUGACCUUGAACCUGGGCUCUAUAACAUAUGUGGUG